AUGGCAACUGGGAACGGCGUCAUGGCCGAUACCAAUUUGUUGUUUGCAAAUGGCAAAAUGGAAAUUUUUGGAUGGGUGACUUUGGUAAAAUUUAUGGUAGUAGCUCGUAGAACAAAGCAAGAUUUGAUUGGACUUUUCUGGAGAGAGAAAGGGUAUGAACAGGAAGAUAAGAAGGCACACAUUUAUGCAUGGUAUGUAUUCUGUUGUGGGGCAUCAACUGUGAGUUCUCAACAAGAACUUGGAGGUGAGGCUUCAAUUGUUGCUUCAUUAGUGUACUCUCGCCUAACAUUCAUCCUCAAUUGA